UACAGUGAAUGGAGUUGACGUUUCCCUACGUGUGACGUAGCAGGAAGUAGCGCCGGUGGCUAAACGGUUAGCAAACAGCUACUAACCUGAGGGGGAAAGACUGCUCCCAUUGAGGAAGGAAUGCUUUUAAAAACUGGAACAGGACCGACAUUUGUACAGACGCACCAGUUCGGUCCCAAGAGGAUUUGACAAUGAGUCAGCGGAGGAAAGUGGCCGCCUCAUCAAAAACAGACAUUGAAGACUCCUCUGGGGUUGGCAGAAAGCACAGCAUCUGCAUGGUGUCGGACUUUUUCUACCCAAACAUGGGUGGAGUUGAAAGUCAUAUUUAUCAGCUGUCGCAGUGUCUGAUUGAAAAAGGACACAAGGUGGUGAUCGUCACUCAUGCGUACGGCAGGAGGAAGGGUGUCCGGUAUCUGACUCGUGGACUCAAGGUCUACUACCUGCCCCUGCAAGUCAUGUACAACCAGUCCACGGCCACCACCUGCUUCCACAGCCUCCCCCUGUUCCGCUGCGUCUUCGUCAGGGAGCGCAUCACCGUGGUCCACGCCCACAGCUCCUUCUCUGCCAUGGCCCACGAUGCACUUUUCCAUGCCAAAACCAUGGGCCUUAACACGGUGUUCACUGACCACUCACUCUUCGGCUUUGCUGAUGUGAGCUCCGUGUUGACCAACAAGCUCUUGACGGUGUCCCUGUGCGACACCAACCACAUAGUGUGCGUGUCCUACACCAGUAAGGAGAACACCGUUCUGCGGGGAACGCUCCAGCCAGAGAUCGUCUCCGUGAUUCCAAACGCCGUCGACCCCACGGACUUCACACCUGACCCGUCUCAGCGACAGAAGGACAGGAUUACCAUCGUGGUUAUCAGCCGCCUCGUCUACCGAAAAGGUAUUGAUCUUCUCGGUGGAAUAAUCCCAGAUCUGUGUCUCAAACACCCUGAUCUGGAUUUCCUGAUUGGUGGAGAAGGCCCAAAGAGGAUCGUCCUGGAGGAAGUGCGGGAGAAAUACCAGCUACAUGAUAGGGUGCGCCUGCUCGGGGCUUUGGAGCACAAAGACGUGCGCGGCGUUCUAGUUCAGGGCCACAUUUUCCUGAACACGUCGCUGACUGAAGCGUUUUGCAUGGCCAUCGUGGAAGGAGCCAGCUGUGGACUGCAGGUUGUCAGCACUCGUGUUGGGGGCAUUCCUGAGGUGCUACCUGAGGAUCUGAUAACGCUGUGCGAGCCCACCGUACGGUCGCUGUGUGCCGGUCUGGAAACCGUCAUCGCCAGGGAGCGAUCUGGCUCCGUCGCCUCCCCCGCCUCCAUCCACGCCCGUGUUAGAAACCUCUACACCUGGAGAAACGUUGCAGAAAGGACAGAGAAGGUGUACGACAGGGUGGCAGCAGAGGACGUCCUCCCCCUCGACCGGCGGCUGCGGAGGCUGAGGUCCCACUGCGGCCCGGUGGCCGGCUCCAUCUUCGCCUUCGUAGCCGUCUUGGACUUCCUCUUCCUGCUGCUGCUGCAGUGGUUGGUACCGCGUGAGCUCAUGGACGCCGCUGUGGACGCCACCGGCCCUCGCGGGCUCUGGAAGGAAGCCGGCUGUUCCAAAAAGCCAGUGAAGAAAACAGAGGAACAAAGCUCUUCUCCGUGAUCACUCCCGCGUCUUUAGCUGCUGGUGUUUGGGUCUUAAAGCUGCUAACAGAUUUUUAAAGCCGCUCUACAGUCGCUGUGUUUCUGAUGUGUCCUCAGCUUUGGUACUGUUACUUAUGUUUGAGUGUUAAACUGACAAACUCCUUCACUACUUUUAAGCACUUUCCAUAUUGUUGCAUUUUAAAUGGCACUGAAUGGAUUCAGAAAAAGGGCUUCUCCAAGGGAAACAGAACUACUGUAUUAUUGUGUGAAUUUACCAUGUUUUCAGUUUUAAAUAGAUCCACUGUAUUUAUAAAACUCUAUAUGACAGAAUAUAUGGAUUUAUAUUGUUAUUUUUCACUGUUUUUGUACAAUGGGAUCUGGGAAGUCUGUUAUAGAAAUAAAAUGUUUUAUUGUUAUUUCUAAA